AUGGAAAGUGAAGUGAAGUUUUCGAGUUGUAGGGGCGUAUCAUUCGAGAUUAAGCCCCGUGCAGAUCCAUUUGCUAUUACUACACCUGAAAGAGCUCCCGAGAUGACCAACUACGGAAGCAAGAGAUUUUGGCUUCCGUGGUCUCACGGAGGCUCGUCUUUGGUCGCUCUGUCGUCACUGAUUCAGCCAUCCACGAGCAAAGAUAGUAGCCACUAUUGCGACCUUGAUCUUGAUGAUGAUUAUGACGAACAAAGCGAUAUUGUUUUGGAAACGCUCGAGAGAGGCAGUUACGUGGAGCCUGAAAAACACCCAGAGCGAAAGCAAGCCGAAGCGGACGCAGAGGCGUCGAGGCUGUCAAGGCUGUCGGUCAUACUCCUCGACCAAGGGCUGUUCACAGUGUACAAACGGCUAUUCAUCAUUUGCUUGACCCUAAAUGUCGUUGCACUCAUCCUCGCGGUGACUGGUCACUUCCCUUAUGCGAGGAACCGGGCCGCCCUCUUCUCCAUCACCAACAUCUUUGCCCUUACCCUGUGCCGGAGCGAGGCCUUCUUGCGUGUCGCCUUCUGGCUCGCCGUGGAGCUACUCGGCCACCCGUGGGUCCCGCUCUUCGUCAAGACAGCCACGACCUCCCUCCUGCAGAGCCUCGGUGGGAUCCACAGCGGGUGUGGCGUCUCGUCGCUCGCGUGGCUGGUCUACGCCCUAGUCCUAACCCUAAACGACCGGGACAACACGUCGCCUGAGAUCAUCGGGGUCGCAUUGGCGAUCCUUGCGCUCAUCGCCCUCUCUUGCCUUCUCUGGGGUUUCGUCAUCCUCACCGUCGCGUACGACCCAAGGACGAAGAGUUACAAGAGCGACGGGCUGGGGUCGAGGUUGGUGAGGCGACAAGAGUUUUGGUUCACGAUGGGGAUUACGGUUUUGAUAAUAAUACCGUGGGUGACGGUGAGGAGAGUGCCCGUCAAGGUGUCUUCUCCUUCAGGGCAUGCCUCCAUAAUCAAGUUCCAAGGGGGAGUCAAAGCAGGCAUAUUGGGUCGGAUCAGCCCCUCCCCGCUAUCUGAGUGGCAUGCCUUCGGCAUCAUCUCUGAUGGCAAGGAUGAGCACAUUAUGCUCGCUGGAGCUGUCGGUGACUUUACAAAGUCCCUCGUCACUGACCCACCGACCCACCUCUGGGUCCGCCAAGUCCACUUUGCGGGCUUACCCUACCUUGCCAACAUGUUCAACCGGGUCCUGUUGGUUGCCACUGGCUCUGGCAUUUGCGUCUUCCUAUCAUUCCUCCUCCAACCGUGCAGAGCGAGCAUUUGCUUGUUCUGCCACUCGAGCGACAGGGUGAUUGUGCAUGACACAGCAGUGCACGGGCGGCCAAACGUGGCGGAGAUGAGCGUGGGCAUGGUGAAGAAGUGGGGCGCUGAAGUGGUGAUUGUCACGAGCAACCCCAAGGGAAGUAGGGCCGUGGUGAACGCGUGCAAGAGCAAGGGUAUUGCCGCUUUUGGUCCCAUUUGGGAUUCUUGA